CUCUACUGCAAGUAGGGUAGGCCAUCCCAAGGAUCCUACUGCAAGUAGGGUAGGCCAUCCCAAGGAUCCUACUGCAAGUAGGGUAGGCCAUCCCAAGGAUCCUACUGCAAGUAGAGUCCCGAUUCCAAAAUGGAAUCGGGCUGCCUCCCGGGCAUGAGCCAGGUGCCCCGCUAUGGCCGAGGGCAAAGUCGGCUCAUAACAAAAGUAAUGUAACUAAGCACAUGGACUGAUGAGUAUGAUUUUGUUUUCACAAGCUUUCACAACAUUGAUUGCUUUUGAUAAAAAUGCUUUAUCUGCCUUCUCAAGGAAAACUAGUUAAAUUCAAACAUGUAUUUCAUGGAAAAUACAAUUUUAUAGACGAUGCACCGUGCUGCCUUGUUGACAACAUGACUGAGCGGCUCAGAUUACUGUUUGAUUUGAGAUGGCGUGCCUCCCUCCCCGCUUUCGCCUGAAUAUGAUUCAACCUGACCCAGCGUAAUAAAACUCCCUCUUUUUGGUUCCGUCUGUCUGAGUCAGCUGGAGCUGCUGCCCUCCAGUGGCUGACGUGGGAUAUUUUUUUUAGGAACAGCCCCUGCUUGUUUGCCAUUGGUUUCUUUUAAAGACUUGUUGUGCCGUUAUACGUAUAUUCUAAUGUUGUUUAAAAUUAGUUUUUGGGGGCUAAGAGAAAUGUGUUCAUCAAAAAUAUGAUUCGUAUUUAUUUUUAAACCGGAAGUACGAAGAUAAGUUUUUCCUUGACAACCAGCAACGCGUUCUUAGCAACUGCUUCAGAAUGGCAAAAAUUAUUGGUGCUAAGAAAUCAUUGUGGCAACAAGUCUGUGAAGAAUAUGAGUCGGAGCAGCCCAGUCCACCCAGCGCUGCUUGGACAGACAGUGGUUCAGUGAGCACUCAUGUCUCCCAGUACAGCGCCAGCAAGCACUCUCCUGUCUUCUAUGGUCUCAUGGCAGCUAAGGUUGCUGUGGAUGAUGAUCCUGUGAAGCAUGUUGACCCUCUUCUGAGCCACCCUGCCCUUGCUGGAUACUCUGCCUUGGACAAACCUCCAUCCUCCUGUCACAGACAGCCUCUGACCACACACCCUGCAUCCACUCCCCAGCUCCAUCAACGCCCAAUCACCCAGUUCCUGGAGGGGUCCGUGUUCCCAGUGCUACUGCCUGGACUGGAGGCCAUGCUGAGAGAGGCCCAGAGACAACACUGCCUGGAGAGGAAAAGAACAGCAUUCAACGCGUGCGACUUCCUAACUGAGUGGCUGUACAAUCGGAACCCCCGCCGGCAGGGACAGGCCCCUGUGGACUUCCAUGAGAUCCCAUUUGUCAAGGACUGGCUCAGGAUACAUCCUAGGCCUCCCAUCCCUCUCUCCCUACUGCUGUCAGACCAGCAUGCUGCUGUUCUCAUCCAGUCCUUUUGGCGGGGCUAUACUGUGCGGGCCCGUGCAGAUGUGCAGGAGCUGCGCCAGUGGCAGAGGGAGCUUAGAGAGUAUAAACGUGACAUCACCAAAACAGUCCAAGAAUUCUGGGCUCACCAGGAGAGCCGGGUGAGCUCGGCCCUCAAUGACCUCAGGGGGGACUCCACCACCCCUCAGACCCCUCAGCUCGGCGGUGGCUACUCCAACUCCGACGUGUCCAUCCAGGUGGUCUCCCCCACCCCCCAGAGCACCGUGUUCCACACCCCCACCUCCCAGAUGAGUCCUGAGAGCAGCGAGUCGCUGACCCCCAGCCUGCAGGGAGUAGAGGACCUGACCAGGGAGGAGAGGACACUAACUGACUCACUGACCCUGCCCGAUGCUGCUGAUGCUGCCGUCACUGUUUUAGCCACCGCUAUGGAUACCUUUUCCCCAUCCUUAGGUAGCCACUGA